CCAUAAAGUCGACCGGCUAGAGCGGUAGAUCUUGUGAUGGCACCAUGGAGAAACAAGGAUAGAGCGGACGAAAGGGGGGAAAGGCUGUGCGGUAUUUCCGCUGUUGGGUCAGCUGUACUUAAGGAAAGAAGCCGGAAAGAAGCCAAAGGCGGAAUUUCCCUUGUUUUCCAACAUGGGGAAAACGGACUUCCUCAGUCCCAAGGCGAUCGCGAACCGCAUUAAAUCGAAGGGGCUGCAGAAACUUCGCUGGUAUUGCCAGAUGUGCCAGAAGCAGUGCAGGGACGAGAAUGGCUUCAAAUGUCAUUGCAUGUCAGAAUCUCACCAGAGACAGCUUCUGCUUGCGUCUGAAAAUCCUCAACAGUUCAUGGAUCACUUUUCAGAGGAAUUCCGGAAUGAUUUCUUAGAACUGCUCAGAAGACGAUUUGGAACAAAGAGAGUCCAUAAUAACAUAGUAUACAAUGAAUAUAUCAGUCAUCGAGAGCACAUCCAUAUGAACGCCACGCAAUGGGAGACGCUGACCGAUUUUACCAAGUGGCUAGGGCGAGAAGGCUUCUGCAAGGUGGAUGAAACCCCCAAAGGCUGGUAUAUCCAGUACAUUGACCGAGACCCCGAGACGAUCCGCCGGCAGCAAGAGCAAGAGAAGAAGAAGAAGCAGGACUUGGAUGACGAAGAGAAGUCAGCCAGGUUCAUCGAAGAGCAAGUCAAGAGAGGCUUGGAAGGGAAGGACCAGGAAACCCCGGUCUACACGGAACUGAACCGAGAAAACGAUGAAGAGAAAGUGGUAUUUAAUUUGAACAAAGGAGCAAGCACUUCAGCAGCGGCACACCCCCAGCCCAGUCUGUUUGGACCCAGCGGGCUGAAGACGGUAGGCGCAGCACCGACGGUUAAACGGAAAGAAACGUCUAUCUUGGGGCAACCUAAAGAAAAGAAGAGAAAGACGGCACUGGAUGAAAUCAUAGAGUUAGAAGAAGAGAAGAAAAAAUCGGCUCGAACGGACUACUGGCUACAGCCCGUAAGUGUUGUGGUGAUCAGUACUGAUUCAGCGACUGGAUUCAGCCCCAAAGCAUCCAGUUGCUGCAACAAGCGUGGGCAUUUGUUUAUGACUGCUUUGGAGGAAAGUGAGUCACUAAUCAUCCACAAGGCCAAGUCGGCCCUCGAUGGCUUCUCCCGCCCAGAGAGCGAUCCUGCAGCUGUCGAACGCCGCUCUCACCAACGCUCACCGCAACCUGUUCUGCUCCACCUGUCCAUUUUAGAGGGCUUCUCUAAUCACGGAGAGUUUCUCACAGGGCAGCCUGCUCCAUGUUUCUCACAGGGCAACCUGCUCCAUGUUCGAAUCCCCCUCCAGUCCAAGACGUUACCAACAGGAAUCACGGCAUCGUAA